GGGUGCUGUACAACACUCGGCCCGCCUCUCUGGUCUAUACAUAGGCGAGGUGAGUUGUCUUUCGGGUUGAAUGUGGGUGUGGUCGAGGUCGAAACUCAUCCCGGGUGACUAUUCACCCCGCAAACUCACCCAGGUCGAGUAGUUCAGCUCUGCUCAAAGACAAAAACACAGGAAAUCGGCGAAAAGGGGCUGAUAUCCUUCCCGUGAUUUCUUUUCUGCGAUCAUUGAAGAUCCUCGUCAACGCCAAGGCUGUACAUCGUAGUCGUAGUCAUUAGGCAGUGGUGGUGGCGAGUCUGUGGUAGGCUUGGAGAGAGAGAGAGAGAGAGAGAGAAUGGGAAUGGCGGAAGAUUUGACAGCGCUGCGGGCUGCUGUUGAGGCCGAUCAAGAGGAUGUGGCGAGGGCAGGAGACACUGUGAGGGAACUGAAAGCUCGAUUGGCCACGGAAGGAGCAUCUGCGGCCGGUAAAGCUGCCAUAGACGAGGCGAUCGAGCAGUUGAAGAGAUGCAAGAUUCGACUGGAAGAAUCUAUGAAGCAGUACACGUUGAAGUCCGGCGGGGCUAAAGGUGACUCGGCGAAUCGUGAGGCGUUUAACGAGGCUGUGAAUAAUGCUUUGAGGCGCCGUUUGUUUUACAUUCCAGCGUUUGAAAUUUAUGGCGGCGUUGCCGGUCUAUACGACUACGGUCCCCCUGGGUGCGCCGUCAAGACGAACGUGCUUCGCUUCUGGCGGCAGCACUUCGUCCUGGAGGAGAAUAUGCUGGAGGUAGAUUGCCCGAGCGUCACACCGAGGGUAGUGCUACAGGCUUCAGGACAUGUCGAGAAGUUUACCGAUUUGAUGGUGAAGGACGUGGUGAAGCACACGUGUUAUCGUGCCGAUCAUCUGUUGAAGGACCACAUCGAGAAGCUGAUCGAGAAGGACCCGUUGAUGGACUUAAAGAGGAAGGACGAGUUAAAAACCAUUCUUGUACGUGUUGAUGAACUGACGGAAAAGGAGUUGGGUUCACAAAUCAAGGCGUUUGGCAUCAAAGCUCCGGAGACGGGAAAUGACCUGUCCGAUCCGUACGCAUUCAACCUUAUGUUGGACAAGCCUUCCGCAACGAGGUAUGUGACCGUAUAUAUGGCCAUUUCCCCGCGAGCUGGUCUUCUCCGUGUACGCGAGUUUACACUGGCUGAAAUUGAGCAUUUUGUGCAUCCUGACAACAAGUCACAUCCAAAGUUCGCGAAUGUUGCUGAUCUCAAGUUCCAGUUGUAUCCUCGCGCAGAGCAGCUGGGCCCGAAGGAAACGGUGAUCAUAUCACUUGGUGAUGCUGUGAAAACGGGUACUAUCAACAAUGAGACACUUGGGUACUUCAUCGGGAGGACGUAUCUCUUCCUGACGGAGCUUGGUAUUGAUAAAGCGAAGCUUCGGUUCCGACAACACUUGCAGCAUGAAAUGGCGCAUUAUGCAACUGACUGCUGGGAUGCGGAGAUUGAGUGCACCUAUGGUUGGGUGGAGUGUGUAGGGAUUGCGGAUCGGUCUGCUUAUGACUUGACUUCUCAUGCGGAUGCGAGUAAGAAAGAUCUGAGUGUAUAUGAGCCGUUUGAUACUCCAAGGGAAGUAGAGGUUCUGUCCGUGGUUCCCAACAAGAAGGAGAUUGGCAAGGCGUUCAAAAAGGAGGGGAAACUCGUGGAGAGUUACCUCGAGUCGUUGAAGGAGGAGGAAGCAAUGGAUUUGAAGUUGAAAUUGGAUGCAGCAGGGAGGGCAGUGAUAAAGCUUUGCACCAAUAACCAGCAGUUCGAGCUGGUGAGCUCUAUGGUGAGGAUCGCCAAGGAAAAGAAAAUUCAGAAGGGAAGGAACAUUGUCCCAGCUGUGAUCGAACCUUCUUUUGGCAUUGGCCGAAUCAUCUAUUGUAUGUACGAGCACUCAUUCGGAGUGCGCAAGGACGAUGAACAGCGCACGUUCUUCAAGUUUUUGCCCCUUGUGGCUCCAAUCAAGUGCACGGUCUUCCCCCUGGUUCAGGACAAGAAGCUGGAGACGGUGGCCAUGAACAUCGCUGCUGGUUUAACGGCUACUUCUCUAUCAAACAAGGUUGAUGUGACAGGGAACACCAUCGGGAAGAGAUAUGCAAGAACGGACGAGCUUGGGGUGCCCUUUGCCAUUACAGUGGAUUUUCAGAGUCUCCAGGACAAUACGGUGACCUUGAGGGAAAGGGACUCCUGCAACCAGGUUAGGAUCAGCGUGAAUGAUGUUGUGGGAGUGGUGAAACGGCUUUGUGAAAACAGUCUGUCUUGGGUAGAGGUGCUCGGUCAAUACCCAAGCGUUGAGCGAGCGGCCGUGUAAGUAUUGGCUGUGUUACAUUUUCCCAGAUAUCGAUUUUUUGUUGGAAUCGUCUUCUUCCUUGUUCUAUGGCAGAAUGUGUCGUCGGUGUGCGUGUGUGCCCGGCCCCCUCCAUUUUCUCCUCCUUUGAAUGGAUGGUAUUGACACAUCAUGAUGCUGUAUCACCUCACUUUAUGAGCCAAUCCAAGCUAGGCUUGACCAUAUGCCUAUUUGACUGAAAGUGCCAGCAAGCUGAUCAUCAUUGAAAGUUUGAAACUGAACUAGCAAGCAUGCAGUGCUGGGCGGUGCAGUGUGGAAAUUGGAAACGGUAAAAAAAGGAAAAACGAAUGAAGAAAAGCCGCGAAA